AUGGACAAAUCCUUCUUGGAYGUGGGCGGAGCGUAUGUUAACGAAUCUCCUAUUCGCGAAAUGUUUUUACAUUCUUUUUUACCAUUUUCCUCGUCCGCACUAAACAAUGGCGAUGAAAUCCGCAUAUCUAUUCAGAAUCGAGAUGCGCACACGUUUCCGAGCGAUAGUUUUAUCUACAUCGAGGGUAAAAUAACGAAGCCCGAUGAACUAAAGGCCGAGGUAACUAUGGCACAUAAUGGAUUGACGAAUUUGUUUAACGAGAUGAAAUACGAAAUAAAUUCCACCGAAGUGCAGCGUGUCAAGAAGCCGGGCAUAACUAGUGCCAUGAAAGGUUAUUGCUCGUAUUCGCCUGCCGACGCGAAUAUAAUGCAAAACGCUGCUUGGGAUAUCACUGGUAGAAAUGCUAAUUUCGUCAAAGACAACACGUUCAGUGGCUGUAUACCGUUGAAGCACGUUUUCGGUUUUUGCGAGGACUACAAGCGGAUACUGGUGAAUUGCAGUCAACAGCUCAUACUGAAUAGAUCGAUGUCGGAUUUGAGUUCGCUACAUUUCACUAGCGUGCCGGGCGGAGACUUGGCAACCGAGUCGGUCCAGGUUUUGGUGAAAAAAGUCAAAGUUCAACUUACUCGAGUGCUGUGGAAAGUGCCGGUUGUCAAAGUCGACGAUCGAGAGAGAUUGAAGCUGAUGAAAAUCAUCGAUAGCAAAAAAAUGAUWAACUGYGCUUUUAGAAAUUGGGAGCUUUGCGAGUAUCCGAAUUUGCCGCAAACUAACAGGCACUCUUGGAUGGUUAAAACGUGUUCGCAAGUGGAAAAACCUAGGUGUUUAAUAAUCGCUUUUCUAACGAAUACGCCCGGAAGCGUAUCGGACGGUUAUAGCGGCGAUUACGACGCGUGUUCGCUGACAAACGUUAAAGCGUAUAUUAAUUCGGUCGAAUAUCCGUACGAGGAUUUCAACGAAAGUUUCGACAAAAACCUGUUUACGAUGUUYUWUCAAAAUUAUGCCGAUUUCCAAAAACAUUAUUACGAGCGGUUUACGGCUCAACCGUGCCUGACGAGAGAAAAAUAUAAGGAGUUGGGUCCGUUUAUCU